AUGGAGCCCCCGACCGGCACCGAGACCGCCCGCCUGGUCAGCCCGCGGGGCGGGCGCGCCGACGGCAGCCUGCGCCUCAAGAGUCUCUUCACAGGCUCUCCAGACCCCUCAGCACCGGCGGCGCCCCCGGCUCCGGAUCCGCGCUGCCGCUGCAGCCCCCCGACCCCCAGCUCCGGGCAGGGCAGGCUCCAGGCCCGCCGGCAGCUGAGCGUCGCCUGCGCCGUCUGCUGCCUCUUCAUGGUCGGGGAGGUGAUAGGUGGCUACCUGGCACACAGCCUGGCCAUCAUGACGGAUGCAGCCCACCUGCUGACGGACGUGGGCAGCAUGUCCGUCAGCCUCUUCUCCCUCUGGGUCUCCAACCGCCCGCCCACCAAGACCAUGACCUUUGGCUGGCACCGCUCGGAGACACUGGGUGCGCUGGCCUCUGUCCUCUCCAUCUGGGUUGUGACCGCGGCCCUGGUCUACCUGGCGGCCGCCCGCAUCAUCAGCAACGACUACGAGAUCGAGGCUCGAGCCAUGCUGGCCACGUCUGCCUGCGCCGUUGGCGUCAAUCUGGUCAUGGCCUACAUCCUGCACCAGUCCCCGGCUGGCCAUGGCCAUGGCACAGGGGCCUACGAGCAGCUGGAGAGCUCUGUGUCCUGCCAGCCCAGCCACAGCCCCCUGCCCGGCAGCACCAGCGUGCGGGCAGCCUUUGUCCACGUGGUGGGUGACUUGCUGCAGAGCGUCAGCGUCCUCGUGGCUGCCACCAUCAUCUACUUCAAGCCCCAGUGCAAGAUUGCAGACCCCAUCAGCACCCUCUUCUUCUCGGUCUUCGUCCUUGGCUCCACCAUCACCAUUCUCAGAGACGUCUUUAGGGUCCUCAUGGAAGGUGGAGCAGCACCAGGAGGAGUCAGCAGGCUGUCCCCACUGCCAGGACCCACGAACCUGAGACCCCCACACUGCUACGUUGGGCCAGAUGUGGCCCUGGCCCCAAAUCCUUGUGCUAGAGCAGGGCAGUGCUUGAGAUCCCAUCCCCUCCUCUACCCACCCCACUGCUGCAGAGCCCUGCGGUGGGACAGUGACUCCAGUGUGGUGUUGGGGGGAUGGACACAUGGCCUGCCCUGUGGAGCACAGGGGCUCCCUGGAAUCUUUUACUCCUUGCUGUGUCACAGCUCCUGAGGAGGCAGAAUCCUGCCCCACCACCUAGUCCCCAGGGAGCCUGUCUGUCCUGGCAGGAAGAGACAUCCCCCAUGGGGGACCUCAGACCUGGCCUUGGCCCCAGCCCCCCCCGCUGCUGCCUGGGCUCUGUCUGAAUGCUCCUGUGCCUGGCCCUGACCCAUUCCCUCUGCUGAGUUGUGCCUGUGCCUCUGGUGUCCAUCUAUCCAUCUGUGCCAGCAGCGGUGCCAGCGCUGCCAAUAAAUGUGUUGGAGCAG